UCUCUCCGAUUCAGUUGGAGGCGGGAAAAUAAAAAAGCCAUCCGGACUAAAAUCUUAAAAAAAAAGGAAAAAGACAGACCGAAUCAUUUACUUGGAACCAGAUUAGGGUUGUAGGGUUUGUAGGGUUUUCGGAUUCGGCGAUGGCGAAUUUCAAUAUUGUCGUCGACGGGGAUCAGCAAUGGCUGCUCAAUUGCCUGUCUGCUACUCUCGACCCCAGCCACGAGGUUCGCUCGUUCGCCGAAGCUUCGCUUGAUCAGGCUUCUGUGCAACCAGGUUUUGGAACUGCGUUAUCCAAGGUUGCUGCAAACAGGGAGCUCCCGUUAGGAUUGCGCCAGCUAGCUGCUGUCCUUCUUAAACAGUUUAUUAAGAAACACUGGCAUGAGGGAGAGGAAGCAUUUGAACAUCCUGCUGUUUCAAGUGACGAGAAGGUAGUUGUACGCGAACUUCUGUUGUUGUCAUUGGAUGACUCUCAUAGGAAAAUUUGUACAGCAGUUAGUAUGGCUGUUGCAUCUAUAGCAGCUUAUGAUUGGCCAGAGGAUUGGCCUGACUUAUUACCGUACCUGCUGAAGUUGAUUAAUGAUCAAAAUAAUAUGAAUGGAGUACAUGGUGCUCUAAGAUGCUUGGCUCUUCUCUCUGUUGACUUGGAUGAUACAGUGGUUCCGACAUUAGUACCAGCCUUGUUCCCAUGCUUGCUUAAAAUUGUAUCAUCUCCUCAGGUGUAUGACAAAUAUUUACGCACAAAAUCCCUUUCAAUUGUUUAUUCUUGUAUCUCCAUGUUAGGGGUGAUGAGUGGUGUAUAUAAGACGGAGACCAGUGCAUUAAUAAUGCCAAUGAUUAAGCCAUGGAUGGAUCAAUUCUCUACAAUCCUGAAUCAUCCGGUGCAGUCUGAAGAUCCUGAUGAUUGGAGCAUAAGAACGGAGGUAUUGAAGUGCUUGAAUCAGUUUGUUCAAAAUUUUCCUAGCCUUAUUGAAAGUGAAUUUAUGAUUAUUGUAGGGCCUUUGUGGCACACUUUUAUGAGUUCUCUUGGAGUAUAUGUGCGGUCAUCUAUUGAAGGUACAGAAGAUCCAUAUGAUGAUAGAUAUGACUCUGAUGGUGCUGAGAAAAGCCUUGAUUCCUUUGUCAUCCAGUUAUUUGAGUUUCUGUUGACCAUUGUGGGUAGUGCGAAACUGAUAACGGUCAUUAUGAAUAAUGUCAAAGAGUUGACGUACAACACCAUCGGUUUUCUCCAAAUAACAGAACAACAGGUUCACACUUGGUCAAUGGAUGCCAACCAAUUUGUAGCUGAUGAGGAUGAUGUUACCUAUAGCUGUCGUGUUUCUGGUGCACUUUUGCUUGAAGAAGUGGUGAAUUCAUGCGGUACUGAAGGAAUCUGUGCCAUCAUUGAUGCUGCAAAAAGAUGUUUUAGUGAGUCUCAAAGGGAAAAGGAUGUUGGUUCUGCAAUUUGGUGGAGAAUAAGGGAGGCUACUCUUUUCGCUUUGUCUUCUCUGUCAGACCAGUUGCUUGAAGCAGAGGAUUCCGAACUUACAAGAGUUGGCUUAGGAAGCCUUCUGGAGCAAGUAAUCACUGAAGACAGUGGAUUAGAUGUGCAUCAAUUUCCCUUUCUUUAUUCUCGUAUCUUUUCAUCAGUUGCUAAAUUCUCCUCCGUGAUCAGCCAUGGAGUCCUUGAGCACUUUCUCUUUGCUGCUAUCAAAGCAAUUGGCAUGGAUGUGCCGCCACCUGUCAAAGUAGGUGCCUGCAGGGCACUCUCCGAGCUCCUACCUGAAAUGAACAAAGGAAUAAUUCAACCGCAUUUGAUGAGUUUGUUUUCAUCACUUUCAGAACUUCUUAGUCAGGCCUCCGAUGAAACCUUGCACCUGGUACUUGAAACACUGCAAGAGGCAAUUAAGGCAGGUUACGAAUUAUCAGCUUCCAUUGAGCCUGUAAUCUCUCCUGUGGUCCUCAACAUGUGGGCAUCGCAUAUUUCCGAUCCUUUUAUCAGUAUUGAUGCAAUUGAGGUUCUGGAGGCACUCAAAAACGCUCCUGGUUGUAUUCGUCCACUGGUUUCUCGAGUUUUACCAUGUGUUUGGCCAGUUCUUAAUCAACCACAACAACAGCCUGAUGGAUUAGUCGCUGGAUCAGUGGAUCUGGUUACAAUGUUAUUGAAAAAUGCUCCUACUGAUGUGGUAAAAACAGUAUAUGAUGCUUGUUUUGACGCUGUUAUACAAAUAGUCCUUCAAAGUGAUGAUCACAGUGAAAUGCAGAAUGCUACGGAAUGUUUAGCUGCCUUUAUAUCUGGUGGAAGACAAGAUGUGCUAGCUUGGGGUGGUGAUUCUGGAAAUACAGUUAGAAGAUUGUUUGAUGCAGCUUCAAGGCUUCUGGACCCUAAUUUGGAAAGCUCGGGUUCUCUUUUUGUUGGGAGCUACAUUCUACAACUUAUAUUGCAUUUGCCGUCACAAAUGGCACCCCAUAUUCGAGACCUAGUCGCUGCUCUUCUUAGGCGCAUGCGAUCUGCUAAAAUUGCAGGAUUGAGAAGCUCACUGCUACUCAUUUUCGCUCGGUUGGUUCACUUGAGUGCCCCAAAUGUUGGACAGUUUAUUGAUCUGCUGGUCACCAUUCCAGCUGACGGUUAUGACAACUCUUUUGUCUAUUUAAUGUCAGAAUGGACAAAACAGCAAGGUGAGAUCCAGGGUGCCUACCAAAUUAAAGUCACCACUACUGCAUUGGCUUUAUUACUAUCAUCUAGGCAUGCUGAAUUAGCAAAAAUUAACGUGCAAGGAUAUUUGGUUCAGUCUGCUGGGAUCACCACCCGCUCAAAAGCUAAAUUAACUCCAGAUCAGUGGACUGUGGUGCCACUCCCUGCAAAGAUAAUGGCGUUACUGGCAGAUGCAUUGGUUGAAAUCCAAGAACAGGUUGGAACUGGUGAUAAUGAGCCGGAUAGCGACUGGGAAGAAGUUGAGGCGGAGGAUGGGGAACUUGACAAGGAUUUGAUGUAUUCAGCUGGUGUUACAUCAUUUGGGAGACCCUCACAUGAACAUCUUGAAGCUAUGGCAAAAACAUUUGACAAGGAUGAGGAGGACAGUUAUGAAGAUGAUCAACUAAGUGCAGCCGAUCCCCUUAACAAGAUUAAUUUGGCAAACUAUCUUGCGGAGUUUUUCGUAAACUUUUCCCAGAGCGAAAGACAAAUGUUUGAUCAUCUUUUCCAGAGUCUGACGCAGGAUCAAAGGAAUGCCAUUCAAGCAAUACGAACUCACGGAGGAUGACUGACGACCUUGUGAAGUCUCGUUUCUGUAUCACUUAUCGUCUUUUAUUAUUCGUCAGAGGCCAUUCCCGUAGAAUCAGUGCAAUUUUUUUUCUGAGUACAGUUGAUCAAUAGACAAAACGCAGAAAUCGAGCUAUGUAUUUUGGUGAUGCGUUGUGAAUAUUCAAUAUCGAGAAGAAAUUCAAUUCAAAAAAUUUGAAACCA